AUGCGUCCAAAAAUCUCGCCAAAGGGCUUUCUAGCCUCGCUCAUCAUUGGGCUCCUGUCCCGACGACUUCCUGCGGCCUCGGCCGUAGACUCGCCGUCCACCUACGGUAUCGGUGAUUGUCUCAUGGAGAAUUGUCUUCCGAGUCAGUCUGGCUACCUGGAAGGAUACAACUUCGACCCCGCUAUUGUUGGGGGUCCCACUUUCGGCCAGAUAUGGACUGCUCAGCCAGCUUCUGCUGAUCAGUUCCUUGCUCAGCCGAUCACCUACACACCAGCUGGUGCUGGUCAAUCUGUCAUCGUGGCCUCGGAGAAAAACAUAGUCACGGUUCUGGAUGCUGCCACGGGUGCUAUCCGUCAACAGCGUACACUGUAUCCUCCAUUCACUGCAGUCGAUGCACAAUGCGCCGAUCUCUCGCCUUAUAUCGGUAUCACGGGCACGCCUGUGCUCGACCCAUCCAGCAACACGAUCUACUUUUGGUCCAAGGCAUACGCUGACGGCACGUCUAGCGGCCUCGACAACGGCCGAUACCGCUUCUACGGUGUCGAUGCCGUGACGCUUCAGGACAAAUUUCCUCCCGUCGACCUUCAAGGUACGCAAGCUGGAAACCGACCAAAUCAGUACUUUGAAGGUGGCAAGGUCCUCCAACGGACAGGCUUGCUCUUGGCCAACGGUAUCGUCUACGCCGGUUUUGGUGGACACUGCGACAACUUCAACUACACCGGCUGGAUCGUCGGUAUGAGCGCAGCUUCUGGUAAAUACGUCACCUCAUUCAGCACUCAAUCUGGAACUUACGGCAAAACAGGCUCUGGUGUUUGGCAGGCUGGCGGUGGUCUGCCCUUCGACGGCACCAACAUGUGGUUUGUCACUGGCAAUGGCUUUGGCGAGGAGCUUGGCUCGCUCCCACGUCUUGGACGCAAUCCGCCUGGCGCUCUCGCCAUGUCCGUUGUCAAGAUGCAACUUGGCAAUCUGACGGCAGUCGACUUCUUCGCUCCUUCAGACUACCAGGCCAUCGAUGCAGCAGAUCAAGAUUUCGGCAGUUCGGGAGUUGCCUUCUUGCCAAAAGGCUUCUCUGCUGGUAAUGUCGGUCGUCUCGCCAUCGCGAACGGCAAGAACGCCAAAGCUUACAUCAUGAACGCCGAUAAUUUGGGUGGCUACAAGACGGGCAACGGUGGGGGUGACGGCGUGCUUCAGACGAUCCCACUAGGCGGUCAAUCCUUUUCAACCGCCGGCGCCUAUCCACUUGAAGGUGGCUAUGUCUACAUUUCGGCCACCGGCCAACCGACGAUGGCGCUCAAGUUCGGUACCGAUGCCAAUGGAAAUCCAUCCUUUGCUCAAGUUGGUCAAACCGAAGACUCAUCGACGAAUGUCCGUGGCGUCGGGCAUGUCACCGUCACAUCCAACAGUGGACAGCCAGGUUCGGGUCUACUCUGGGUCACAGACAUUCAGAACGGCAAUCUGCGUGUCUACAGAGCCAUUCCUGCCGCUGACGGUGUCAUGCGUCAAAUCUUUGUAGGCAACGUCCCUCAAGGUGGGCCCAAAUACCAACGUCCAGUGCCAGGCAACGGCCGCAUCUUUGUCGUCUCGAACCAAGGCUUUGUUGCUGCUUUUGGUGCACCCGUCAACCUCCCUCUGAACUGCACCUCUUCGAUCAGCUUCGGGACUGUAGUGGUAGGGACGAAUGCGACUUUGCCAGUGAAAUGCCAAGCCGUGAUUAACACACAGGUGUCAGGCUACAAGAUCUCGGACGCAACGUUCAAGACGACCACGAUCCCAGCCGCGGCCUUGAACGCUAACCAGGCUUUCAGCUUCAACGUUACCUGGUCCCCCACUGCCGCUAACGUCGUUGCUGGCACAGUUACCCUCAACACGACCAACGGUGUCACUGGCUAUGUCAACACGGUGCCCAUCAUUCUGCGAGGAACUGCAGUAACCAGCGGUCCGUCUUUCACUAUGAUUCCCAACAACGUAGCUUUUGGUGGCGUAGUCCCGGGAGCGGCAGACUCUAUAGGUGGAGUCAACAAGUCUAUUUCUCUCGGCAACGUGGGCCUCAAGUCGCUCACAAUCACAUCAUGGGACUUUGAUGAGAGUUAUGGCUCCGUUGAUGAUGACGACGACGAUAAUACCGCCCCAUCUCCUUCCGGAGAUGUCGAUGGCGAGAUGGACAAGAAGAUGACGACAGGCAAUUUUACGAUCUUUUCCAUGCCGAGCACCAUCGCCAACCAGUCUUCGACAGCCUUGGUAAUCAACUUCAAUCCAACAGUUCAUGGCUCGUACACGGCUCUGCUCAAGAUCUACACGAACGGUGGUAAUCAAACGGCAGUCAUCACCGGAAGCGCGGCAGGUGCCGCGAUCCUCAAUUACACAACUGAUCAGUACGACGGGACGGUGCUGAAAAAUGUUCCAUACAUGGACUACGGCAAUAGGAUGGCUGGCUCCUUGGCAACGCAAUCGCUUCAUGUGACCAACAAUGGCGAAUCUGCCCUAAUCAUCAGCAAGAGCAAACCACCAACCAGCGAUUAUUUCCGCUCGCUCAACCCUACUGGGGACUUAACCGAAGGGGACGCAAUCGAGCCUGGCGAGACCGAUAACGCGGCCGUGCAGCUCUCGUCCCCCAUUUCGCAGGUCAACGUGGCACCUUACAACGUUUCAAGUGCCUGGGUCCUCAAUGGCAACGAUCCCAACUUCGGUGUCCACUUUAUCAGUAUGUCGGCACGCAUCGUUUCGCGACAAGUGGGGCCUCUGUUGGCCACAGCACUUCCUGGAGAUGUCAACGGAACCGCCCGAUACAGAUACCUCGGCUGCUACACAAACGCGCAGGGUGGGACCCUUCCGACGCUCAUCCAAGCCUCGAACAGGGCUACUUUCGAAAACGGGCAGUGCCAAACCAUGGCUUUGGCACAAGGAGGCACGGCCAACUUCGCAGGUACCAUGUAUGCGGGAGAGUGUUGGGUUUCGGGCAACAUCCCGAACCCGAGUCUCAAGGUGUCGGAUGAGAUGUGCACCAUGACCUGCGUUGGUGACUCGUCGCAGUACUGCGGUGCUUCAGGCUACCUUAGCAUCUUUUACGAUACGUUGGCUUACAAUGCCACUUCGGGCACUUUACUGCCGGGGGCCUACACUGGUCCGAAGAUUGCACCUAGUUCCGGUAACUACCAAUAUGUCGACUGUGUCACUGAUGGAGGCACUCGAAGUCUCAGCGGAUCCUCAUACAUCGACUCGUCGGUCAUGUCGGUGGACAGUUGCGUCGCGUUCUGUGCUCAAAACGGUUAUUCGCUCGCUGGUCUCGAAUACGCUCAAGAGUGCUAUUGUGGCAACACGUUGGCUUCUACAUCCAGCUUCAAACAGACUGGAUGCUCGAUGCCUUGCAAGGGCAAUGCAUCGCAGUAUUGCGGUGGGUCGUAUCGAUUGUCGCUUUAUGCACUGAACGGCAAUACAACCGCUGGCGCCACUGCAACUAGAACUUCGUCCACCUCGACGGCCACAACGACCACCACAACAUCCAGCACAAGCAGUAUUCUGACUUCAGCCACAACAACAUCCAUGACUACCGCUUCGACUGCUUCGAGCACUCCAACUUCUACGGUCCAUAGCAGCGCGUACAAGGGAUGCUAUACCGACUCGACCGGCAACCGCGCCCUGUCCGUGCAAGCGAGUGGAGGGACAGUCGAGACUUGCCGUGCGUCGUGCAAUGCCUUGGGCUACCAGAUAGCCGGGCUCGAGUAUUUCGGCGAGUGUUGGUGCGGAAACAGCUUGAAUGGAGGAUCCACGCUUAAUCCCGACACCGACUGCAACUUGCCUUGCACUGCCAAUGCAGCCGAGAUGUGCGGUGGCGCAAACCGCCUUUCCGUCUACUCGGAUGCUGCGGAUCUGACAAAGAUUGUCGUUUCGCAACCUGCAACAGUGGGAAAAUGGAGCUCGCUCGGCUGCUUCGUUGAUAGCUCCGCAUACCGCGUCAUCAAUGACCUCGUACCGCAACUGGCAGGUGCGACGUCGAUCACCACGUGCGCCAAUGCGUGCUCGGGAUACAACUUCUUUGGUGUCGAGUAUGGACAGGAGUGCUACUGCGGUAUGACCAUGAGCUCGAGUGCUGCUACAGCACCAGCAACCGACUGCAGUAUGACCUGUGUUGGUAAUGCCAGUCAACUUUGUGGCAAUGGUUAUCGACUCGGUGUAUAUCAGCUGACGCCAACAGGCUUAUCGAGCAGCUCCAGCUCCAGCUCCAGUUCCAGCUCCAGCUCUUCGGCGACAAGCACUUCCACAAGCACCACUUCUGCCUUGAUCUCGUCAAGCUCGUCUUCGUCUGUCACAGUGGCCUCCACUACCACCUCUUCGUCCUCGUCAAGCUCGUCUUCUUCUGUCACGGUGGCUUCCACUACCACCUCUUCAUCCUCGUCAACUUCCUCUUCCUCUUACUUUGCUUCCACUUCCACUACUUCGAUCUUAACCUCAACUACCGCAAUUACAUCCACAUCAACAACAUCGUCGACAAGCAGCACACCUACGGCCUCGUUAAGUGCUUCCAGCACAUCGACAGGCAGCAGACCCUCCUCCUCGACAUCGAGCACGACGUUUUCAACCACGCCCACGACGACCACUUCGGCAAGUGCGCAGACCAGCGCCAGUCUGCCGCCCACAGUGAACGCACUGGGCUGCUUCCAAGACUCAAAUUCGCGAGCCUUGAACGUGCUUGCCUACAAAGGCAACGCUACGAAUACGCCUCUGGGGUGCUCGCUGACAUGCUCUCGUCAAGGCUACCGCUACAGCGGUGUCGAGUACGGCACUGAAUGUUACUGCGACAAUCUUCUGCAGGGCAGUGCUGCCACUGCCGGUUCCGGGCAAACCGGCUGCAACAUGGCGUGCAGUGGAGACGCAGCACAAAUGUGCGGUGGGCGUUACCGUAUUGCCAUCGCUCAGGACACGCAGUGGAAGCAGAGCUUCUUCACCGUUACCAAGGCCGCGUUUUGGCGAUUUGCGGACUGCUACGUCGACUCAACGUCAAGCCGCAUCCUCAACGUGACGCUUUCGCCGGUGAAUUCGACGGUCGAAGGCUGUUUGGGUGCAUGCAGCGCAAAGGGGUUGCCAUUGUGUGGCGUCGAGUACGGAGGCGAGUGCUUUGGCGCCUAUAAGCUGCCUGGGAGUGCGCAGAUCGCCCCUAGCACCGGUCAGUCCAACUCUCUUGGUCGUGGUUGCAACAUGCCUUGCACUUCUAACACUACCAUAGCUUGUGGUGGAGCAGGUCGUAUGAACCUCUAUACCCUCAAUGCCACACUGCCCUUCGUGCGUCCUUCCGAAGUCGAACACCUUUCUUAG